CAGCUUUUUUUUAUUUGUAGGCUCUUAUUUUUUUUCUUGGAUUUUUUAUUUUUCGUAAUUUCUUGGGAGUGUUCGUUCAAGAUUUGUCGGAGAUUUUUUCGAGUUAUGUUGCAGAGGUUCAUGUCGAAGAAGCAGAGAUUGUCUGAAGAAGAUGGAGAGGUGGAGAUUGAGUUAGACUUAGGUUUGUCUCUCAAUGGAAGAUUUGGUGUUGACCCACUUGCGAAAACGAGGCUCAUGAGGUCUUCAUCGGUUGUUGAUUUGGUGGUCAACGAUAGAUCAGGUUUGAGUAGGACUUGUUCGUUGCCUGUGGAAACGGAGGAAGAGUGGAGAAGGAGGAAGGAGCUGCAGAGUUUGAGGAGGCUUGAGGCUAAGAGGAAGAGAUCAGAGAAGCAGAGGAAACAUAGAGCUGCUGGUGGUGGAGAUGAGAAGGUUCUUGAAGAAGGAUCUAUUGGUUCUUCUGGUAGUGGUUCCUCUGGUUUGUCUGAAGUUGAUGCUCUCCCUCCUCCUGUUCAAGCAACAACAAACAAGUCCAUGGAAACAAGCCCUUCAACUGCCCAAUCCCAGCCCGAGAAUCCGGGUAAAGAAGCGAGCCGAAACAUCAUGGAAGACAUGCCAUGUGUGUCAACAAUAGGCGAUGGACCGAACGGGAAAAAGAUUGAUGGGUUUCUGUAUAGGUACAGGAAAGGUGAAGAAGUGAGGAUUGUGUGUGUGUGCCAUGGAAGCUUCCUCUCACCCGCAGAGUUCGUUAAACAUGCUGGUGGUAGUGAUGUUGCACAUCCCUUAAAGCACAUCGUUGUAAAUCCAUCUCCCUUCUUGUGACCCUUUGAGUCUCUCUUUUGAGGGGUUUGUUGUAUCGGUAAACAAUGUUACAAAUUCUCUUACCUCCGAGGUGUAUAAACUGAUAUUUAUCGAACUCAGAGAUUUUCGGGGUUUAUACAUAAAUAGUAUGGUUGCAUUCGUUCUU